AUGGGCCAAGGAUCCUCCCAGCCAGCGGCGGAGCGAAGGGCGCCCCAGCGAGCAGAGCGUCCAAGGAGGGCGGCAUCGACAGCCAUCCGCAGAGCGCUCCGCCCGCACUCGCUAUCGGGCAGGAAUCAGGAUGGCCUGGACGAUGGUCUGCUCAAUAGCGAGCGGCGGCGGAGACCACGGCCUCGGUCGGUGAAUGCGAACCGUCUCUCUCACCUAUUCCGCUCCUCCGACGACGAUGAUGCUGGACCCGACGAGAUGCCGCACGUGCAGGAGGAGCGCUUGGAGCCAGCACGAGGCAGCGCACUGCUGCACCGGACACGUUCGCGCUUCCACGAGGUCUUCCGACGAGAGUCUAGUCACACGUCUUCACGCCCUUCCCAUCACCUCCUGCAGCACCGGACAUCGUACGUUCGGAGUGGACAGCAUAGCAGCCACGGCGAUGACUUCUUCCCGCCGCCUCGCUUACCGUCUAUCGACCUCACUUCAUCCUUCGACCCAGAACCCUUUGCUUCGCAGCCUGAGCCCGAGCAGUCCAUGCCACGCAACGAGAUAUCGCGCCGCGCCACUACGCGCUUCAACGCCCUACGUCCGGAUCGACCUUUCCGGCACCUGACCUCUUCAUUGAGGAGAAGACGCUCUCCUCCGCCCUCAGUAUCUUCUAUGCGUCCGCGUGGAAAUGAAGACCAAGCCGCAAUGCUGAGCAGACUGCUCAGUGUGGCAGCUGCAGCGACUGCAGCCACCCUCAUGGGAGACGAUCACAAUGCUUUGAGUGAAGCGAGGAGUCUGACCGGUAGCACGGGUCUGGGUGAUUUGGGAGGAAAUGGAGAAGACGGCAGUUUUGAUGGUUUCUUAAGAGCAUUGCAAAACGGCCGGAUAGCGUCCGCCCUUAGGCAGGGUGGCAGUGACACAGGAGGCGAUGGACCAGGAACGCAAGGCGCACCACUCAACUUCUUCAGAAUGUUCCGCUUUGGUGCUUCGGGUGGUACGGACAAUGCUCAACAUCCCCGCGAGUCGGCGGUCACGGGCGAAUCCAGUGACUCGGGAGCCAACGAGGGCCGCAUGGUGCCAAUCAUCAUUGUGGGCAUUCGGUCCAUAAGCCCCAACUCGAGCGCAAACCCUGGUCCGCCAAACGACGAUUUACCCCCCUUCAUUGACGCAUUGGGCAACUUCCCGGCGCCGCUGCCUGCUAAUGCCCUCGGGACGCAUGGACACGACAGCAUCGAUUCCAUUCUGAGGCCGCCGCAGAAUGGCACGUCUUUCAGGCACAGGCGGAGAGCGAGCAUGGGAGGAUUUGGCAUGGGCAGAAGCCGAUUGAGUGACAGGAUGGACGAUCAGCGCGAUCAUCGAUCUCCUGACAGGCGACGAGAGCGUCCAUGGAGCAUGGCAAGCUCGAGCUCCACCUUCGAACCACGGCCGCCGCCAGCAACACCAGCCAGCCCAAGCCCCGAGCUCAGCCGUAUAUCCAGCAGGAACACGACUCCAAGUCACUCGAGACCAACCUCGCUCGUUGCAAACAACGUGCGCGAUUUCAGCAAUGACUCUCGACGGAACAGCAUCCUACAUCGGUCUUCCGCUGCCAGUCCACUGAGCUCGCACACGGAAGAGACGGCAUCACUACAUUCAACACACUCCGGCACUGGCUUGCUUGGAGAGCCGGAGCCGUACCGCGUGCAUCGCCGUUCAGAUACGGCUCCCAAUAUUCACUACCCCCGUUUUGCAUCUGGACAUCCACGGCGAAAUGGCGUAGUGGAGCCAGACAAUGUGCCACCUCUCUCCCGGUCCUCGACGUCGGAUGACGGCGAAUCAUCGAACGAGAACCGGAACAGCAAUAAUGACUCCCGCAGCUGGAUAAUCUACGUGCUUGGAGGCUCAUAUCCGGAAAACCACCCUAUACUCACCACGCCAAGUCUGUUUACAGAGAAUCCGACCUACGAAGAUAUGAUGCUGUUGUCAGCUCUACUUGGGCCGGCCAAGGCGCCAGUCGCGACGGAGGAAGAUGUUCAGAGUGCUGGUGGCAUCUACAACAUCGAAACGCCGCAGAUGUCAGAGGACGCGGCUAAGACUGCAGCUCUGGUAGCCACCGCAGUGGAAGGCGACGAUCAGGUUACACUUGACAUUGGCCAGCGCUGUCUGGUCUGCCUCUGUGACUUCGAGACCAAAGAAGUUGCGCGUAGGCUGGUCAAAUGCAAUCACCUCUUCCACAAAGAGUGCAUAGAUCAGUGGCUGACUACCGGUCGUAAUUCGUGCCCACUUUGCCGCGAGGAAGGCGUCAAGGAAACCAAAACCGAGUCUGCGGAUGACGAAGCAGAUGACAGUGCGGCUGAGAGCAGCGGCGAAGACACCAUCGCUGGAGCUGAGCAUGCAGAGCUCGAGAGAGUAGAUUCCGUGGCGACUUGA